CUAAACUGGCACCAAACGGAGAGUGGACUGCCAUUUGUGCUGAAGAGUUCUCGAGUCGAGGCCUUCUCUGAUGAGCUGUAUGCUACAAAUUGUCUAGCGCUCGGGCGAUCGGUGAUCGGUGCAGGGAAGAGGGUCGCAUCUUGACUCACAGCUCUCUUCGAUCGAUCGAAUUGCCGACUGACUGAUUGGCUGACGACCAUGGCAGGCGCGGGGCGAACCAAGCUUUCGCAGCUUCUCCGGACGAGAGCUGCAUCUUUUUUGCCUACCGCCUCGAGGGGAUAUUCUGCGGCUGGUCAAGAUGACGUUGUGAAGCAGGCCUUCGUUACUCAGCAGACAAAAUUCAGAGCUUUCCUGGGAGAACUGGCUAAAGUUAAGAUCACUCUCGAUUCCGAUGACCAAAAGGCCGUGAAGGAGUAUGCCACGACCAUGAAGAGCAUCCGGACCAAGCUUGCCAUACCCUCAUACACCGAGAAGAUAGCUGACUUGCUUGACUCAGCUGGAGAUGAUGCCACUGAUGUCCGAUCGUACUUGGAAACUCUAACUCGCCUACGCUCGGAGGUUGGCAUCCAAGAUGAUCUCGGCGCAGACAAGCUGACCAUGCAGGCUCUUGAUAAAGUUGAGAAAAGUCUGGGGAAGCCAUUGCUUCUGGAUGAUAAACAAGGUCUCACUUUGCUGAGCAAGGAAAUUGACGAGAUAAACAAGAAAUUGGGUUUGGACGAGGCUCUCUUGGAGAAAUUGGAGGAAGAAGUUGAGAUGGCAGUUGCAAAGGGUGAACUUGAGGAAAUCACUAAAGAGGCCAGAGAGAAGAUUGAGACCUACAAGCGCAGGGAUGAGCUUGACACACUUGUAGUGGACCCCAAGGAGUUGGAUUAUCGCCAAUACCUGUGAAAAUGUGCUUGGAAGACUGCGUUUGUACUGGACCUCACGAGGCUUUUCGCUCUCGUGGAAAAAACACCUCAUUCCCCCGAGACUUAUUUUACCAGUAGACAAGGAUUCUCUUCUGGUGAAGGUUGAAAAUGUUUGCUAACUUGUAAUUAAGGUAACGUGCCCAGCGACGUAGCCAGGAUUCAAAUUCUGCGAAUUCUAUCUGAUACAAAGAGGCCAGACAGGCAUUGUUCGUGCUGAUCUCUUCUAAGAGGCUGAUCAGAAUUUUUGUGGCAAGAGGUAGAGCUUCAUACUUAUUUAUACUGGCUCUGGCAAAAACGAUAUGGAGUUUGAAGUUGGAAAAUACAGCUCUGAUUGACACAGUGAGGAUUGUGGCACUUUAAGUUGACUCUUUGUCUGGCUGUGCUCUUUUGACCGUCUCCGAAUAAACGUAGAAGCGUAUGUCUUGUGACAUGUUGUAACACAACCGUGUAGCAUGUUGUCCGAAGACACUUGCAUAUUUAUUGAUUAGUUAUGACAUAGAUUCGCAUGGUGUUCAAAGUUGGAAUAAACUUUGGUACCUCUG